AUGAAACUUCACUCAUUUGCUCUUCUGUCGACUCUUUUGGGUUCGGCUCUCGCGUCGACAAACUCCUCAGAGGGUCUCCUGAAGGCUGAUGGAGUCUCCCUUGGUGAAUGGCAAGAAGCCUAUCGAAAAGCCUCCCACUUCGUCUCUCAGCUCAGCACCGCCCAGAAAAUCCAGCUAAUCACCGGUAACGAUGUUAACACCACCGACGACACCUUCAAGGCACUCCAGUUCCUUGAUGGCUCCAUGGGUCUGCAGGACUACUUCUACGCCUCUGCAUUCAGUCAAAGCUCGGCUCUGGCUAUGACUUGGGACAGGGAGGCUAUGUACGACCAGGCCCGCGCCGUGGCUACCGAGUUCUAUCUCAAGGGUAUUCAGGUUGUCAAUGGGCCUACCACGCAGCCGAUGGGAAGGACUGUCUGGGGCGGUCGCUUGGUUGAGACUUUUGGUCCGGAUCCGUAUCUGAACGGUAUUGUUACUGGGCUGAGUACUAAGGCGUACGUUGAUACUGGUGUGAUUGCCGGUGCCAAGCACUACAUCCUCAAUGAGCAAGAAACGAACCGCACGUCCGGGGGCGGCGGCCCUGGUGGUGCUGGUGGUGCUCCUGGCGGAAUGGGAGCAUCGAACUCCUCGUCUAGCUCCAUGCCACCAUCGAAGCGUGCGUCUGGGGACUCUAACUCCAGCUCUAGCUCGGCUCCCUACUCGUCGAACGCUGACGACAAGACCUUGCACGAGACGUAUCUGUGGUCAUUCUACGAUGGUGUCAAGAACGGACUGGGAGCUGUCAUGUGCGCCAUGACCAAGGUCAACAACACACUGUCCUGCGAAAACUCGGACAUCCUGCGUAGGCUACUCAAGACCGAACUCGGAUUCCCCGGUAUGGUUUUCCCAGACACCAUGGCACAGCAGCACGCCUUGGCUAGCGCAGUCAACGGCCUAGACUACGGGUCCAGCAGCCUCUGGAGCACAUCGACCAUGAAGCAGUUCCUCUCGAACGGCAGCCUUCCACAAGCUCAACUGAACGACAUGGCCAUCCGAAACCUUAUAGCCUACUACCAGGUCAACCUCGACAACGACACCCAGCCCGCUACUGCCGACAAAGAUGCCUACGUUGACGUCCGCGCAAACCAUUCCAAACUCAUCCGCGCCAACGGCGCCAAAUCCCUCGUCCUGCUAAAGAACACCAACAACGCCCUGCCCCUGAACAAACCGCACACAAUGGCCAUCUUCGGUGCACACGCCGGCCCCGCCACCGCAGGCCCGAACACCGAGUUCAGCGUCGAGGGCUCCGGCCCUACAUACCAGGGCCAUCUGGCCACUGACACGGGAUCCGGACAGAGCUCGUACCCCUACCUCAUCACCCCGCAGCACGCGCUUACCAGCAAGGCGGCCGAGGAUGGUACCAUGAUCCGCUGGAUCCUCAACGACACAUACAGUGGUGGUAGCGGUUCCACUUUGGUCAUGCAGGGCUCAGACAGCACGGCUGUGACACUAUCCAUCUCCACAUACGCCGAGAACAUGGGCGUCUGUAUCGUCUUCCUGAAUGCACUAGCCGGCGAAGGCGCAGACCGCACGGAACUGUACAACGUCGACCAAGAUAACCUGGUAAAGUCCGUUGCUGAGAACUGCAACAACACCGUCGUCGUGAUCAACACCGUCGGAGCGCGUCUCGUCGACCAGUGGAUUGAAAACGACAACGUCACGGCCGUCGUGUACGGCUCCCUCCUGGGCCAAGAAUCCGGUAACUCGAUUGUGGACGUUCUCUACGGCGACGUGAACCCCAGCGGCCGUCUCAUCUACACCAUCGCCAAGAACGAGAGUGACUACAACGUUGAUCUUUGCUACACUGCACAGUGCAACUUUACCGAAGGAAACUACAUCGACUACCGCUACUUUGACGCCUACAACAAAACCCCCCGCUACCCCUUCGGCCACGGCCUCUCCUACACAACCUUCAACUACUCCUCCCUCCACAUCUCCCCUCCCACCUAUCUACCUGCAUACCCAACCGGUACCCUCUCCGUCGGCGGCCCCACAGACCUCUGGGAUACUAUCGCCAACAUCACCCUGACCAUCAAAAACACUGGCUCCCGCGCUGGUGCUGAGGUGCCGCAGUUGUAUAUUGAGUAUCCCGAGGCUGCGAAGCAGCCUGUUCGGCAGUUGAGGGGAUUUGAGAGGGUGGAGGUUGAGAAGGGGGAAAGUGUGGAAGUAAAGUUUGGGUUGAGACGGAGGGAUAUUUCUUAUUGGGAUGUUGGGGCGCAGAAGUGGGGGGUUGUUGGUGGGAAGUAUGGGGUUAGGGUUGGGGCGAGUUCAAGGGAUGUGAGAAUUGAGGGGGAGUUUGAGUUUAAGACUGUCUGA